AUGAAUACGAUUCAGACCCAUUUUUGGGCUGUACGUGAUUAUCUAGCUCCCGUUUUACGAGAAUCAAAGUUCAAAGAGCAUGGUCGAAUCACACCAGAGGAAUUCGUUGCCGCUGGUGAUUUCUUGACAUACAAAUUUCCAACAUGGACAUGGUCUUCUGCCUCUUCAAGCGAUGCGAAAUAUACCCGAGAUUUUUUGCCUUCCGAUAAACAAUAUCUAAUCUCUCGUGGAGUGCCUUGUUUACGUAGAGUAAGUCAAAUGGAAAAAGCUGCUUUAGGUUCAAGUUCAAAAACAGGUCAAAGCAACAGUGGUGAAACUGAUGAAAGAUUACUCAAUUUCGGCGAAGGUCAUGAUGGAGACGAGGUAGCAGGAAAGGGAACAGAAGAUGAUUGGCUUGCAACACAUUUGGAUGACGACCCAUCGCAUACGGCAGUCGCAGGAGAUAUUGCAGAUAUACCAGAUUCAGAACCUCCAAUGGCAUCCUUAACUCCAGGAGAAGAAGAUGAAUUGGCAUCUAGGGUGGCAGGAACACAUUUAGCAGGGUCACAAGGCGGAAUAAUUGGGGCUGGGAAAGGUGAUGAUGACGUCAAUACCGGCACUGAGAUCGGUGAUAUACCAGACAUGGACGAUGAAGAUGAUGAAUUGGGCGGUUUGGGCGAAGGUGUAGUGGAAGCGGACGAUCCGGCAACUGCAAAUGUACAUAGAGGGACAACCUCUCAGCAGGGCACAGCAUCUGCUGCGGGAGGUCAAACGGUUAGCAAGCUGAUCUCUGUUCGAACAUAUGAUUGCUUGAUCACAUAUGACAAAUAUUAUCAAACACCAAGGAUGUGGUUGGUAGGAUACAAUGAAUCAGGACAACCUCUCAAGCCGGCAGAAAUUUUUGAAGACGUAAGCAGCGAUUAUGCCCAAAAGACUGUCACUGUUGAACCAUUUCCUCAUGGAAAUUUGAGCACAGCAAGUAUUCACCCAUGCAAACAUGCAAGCGUGAUGAAGAAAGUCAUUGAAAGGAUGAAUGCAAGCGUGAUCGAAGAACAGAAGAAGGCCAGCAAUUCAGCUUCAGGUGAUUCAGCGACAAAGAAGAAAAAAGGAUGGGGAUUAGGCGGAGCGAUGAAGAAGAUUUCGGGUAGCAAAGAAUCAGCUGGAGGUAGCGGUACGCCAGAAAGUGGUGUUCAGACUCCUUCGGCGAGUACGGGUAAUACGGAAUCACCUGCCAACACGGCCGGAGGGGAUGAAGAAGGUCAGACAACCGAGGUGGAAGGACUCCGUGUUGAUCAAUACCUGCUCAUUUUCCUCAAAUUUAUGGCUAGCAUUGUUCCUGCCAUCGAAAUCGACGCAACACAGGCUGUGUAG